AACUUUGCAUUUCCUUAUAAAAUUGGAAGUGUUGGUUCAGCCUGUGUAAUUGCCAGGAGAAGCACGGACACUCUCACUUAAGACGCAUCUUAAAUACCAUUAAUUUACAUUCUUGUUAUUUUGUCUUCAAAAGACCAUCUCCGGCGUCUCCAUGAACAACCUGAAUGAUCCCCCAGAAUGCAACAUCACACCCAAUAAGCGAGGGGACGGGGGCAGUAAUUUAUGGACUUACGCCCCUUUUGUACCCCUGCUCGGCUUGGCUGCCUAUAGGUGGUUCAGGGACAGAGAAUCUCAGAGGAAAGUCCAACAAACAAAAGACCAAUAUGACAAAGACAUGAAAAAGCUGGAAAGGAAGCACCAGGAGAUCCUAAUUGAUAACCGCAGGAAAGUAGCACAUCUGGAGCUGGAGCUGAAGAAGGAGCGUCACCAUGUCCAACAGGCCAUGGAGUCCUUGAAGGACAAAGAUUGGGAGAUAGAGGCCAUAACUCUGUUGAAUGAGCUUGAGCAGGGUCUGAUGGAGCGGCAGGACGCCUACUGUAGUCAGAUUUUCCCAUACGAUCAACGGAUGCAGAUGGAGAAGAACCUUCUUGACAAGGUGGCCAAGAAACCUUUAGCCCAGACGCUGAACAUGGAAAAUGACCUCAAGGAUAUUUUCCUAAAAGAUUGGCACUGUGCUGAAUUCAUGAACAGAGACAGGCGCAGGAACGGCAGCCUGAUGUGGGUCUACCUGAAUAACUGGAAACAGCGUGUGGCACAGCAGAAAGAGCAGAAGAGGGUGAAGCGGUUGAUGGCCGCCCCUCAGCCAGACCAGGACCCAGCUGGGAGCAGGACAAAAACUUAACAAAGGAAACGAAAGGAGAUGUUUCACAAGACAAGGCGGGGAAAACGGCGUGGCUGGUGCUUUGUGUUGCUGUUUUACUGUCCAGUGCACUUUACUGUAACAGGAAGGUGUUGUGGUUCAUUUGGGGAACAAUGGCAAAUAAGCAUUUAUGUACAGAUGUAGCUCCAUUUUUAGACAGACUCAAAACUGCAACUGAAAAUACAAACAUGGACCCAAAACCACGGACCUUCACUACAGAUCAUAUACAAGAAGUCCAGUGCCACAUGAGAUCAUAGGUGUAUUACCAGUUAACUCUUAAAUCAUGGUUAAAAUAAGACAGACAUCUGAAUGGAUGAUGCCAGAGGUGUGAUGUUGUACCUUUGAGCUGUACUAUCAAUAUGUCAACAGAAUUCCUGGUUAGGGUGUGUGCUGUGGUAAAUUAUAAAUUAUAAAUUAUAAAAUUAUC